GCUGUAUUUCCACAUUCCGCCCGGAGGGAGACACACCCUCAGAUCCGGAGGAGGAGAGCUUUAACCGGGACAGUUGAUGGGAUGCAGAGAGGAGAAAGACGCCGCUGCCGUCGUUGUGGGUGUCAGGUCUCUUCUGACAGAGAGCUGCAGCAGGGAUGCCCAUCACAGCCAAACACUGGACUCCUGAUCCCUAGUGACCUGUGUCACCAUGCCAACUCCCACAAUCCUCACAGCAACCAGGAGUCCUCAGAGAAGUUGCUAGGUUUACAAGCCCAUUUACAUCUGUGUGAGCCUACAUACUGUAAGUGGAUCCUCUCCAGUACUGAGAGAGAGAGAGGGAUCAGGAGGCAGGUAGGGCUGUCUGAGAAAGAGGUAGAGGACACCUUUGCAAUAUGGCUUGUCACAUUUUCUGUUCUAUGUUUUACUGUAUUUUCUGUUUCAGAGAUGGUUUGCCAGCAGGGUGCUCUGCUGAUUCUCAUGUUGCUGGUGAAGACGGGACUUGUGGGUGGAUGUGUGUGUCCAGCAGCCACCAUUUUGUCCCAGUCUCCCUCUGAGGUUCCUGCUGGCGGCUGUUGCUUGAACUACUCUGGCUCUGCUUUCAGCACCGUGCUCUGGUCUGUGUUUACCAAUGUGACAAAAAUAGAGACUCUGGAUCUCUCCUUCUGUAAUAUCAGUUCUGUAGAUAUGAGAGGCAAAGAGGCUUCUACGUUGAAAAAGGUUUACUUAGGUCAUAAUAGACUAACAACGUUGCCGGAGGAGUUUUUGGCCAGCCAGCCCAGCCUGACAGAGGUGGAUCUGAGCGGGAACCUGAUUCAGGAGCUUCCUGAGGGGUUUCUUCAGGACUCAGACAACCUCCAGAAGCUGUAUCUGCAAGGAAACCAGCUACGCUUCCUCCCAGGCUCUGUACUACAGAAGCCCAGCCUGCAAAGGCUGGAGCUGGAUGGGAACCCCUGGGAUUGCUCCUGUUUGUUACUGGAAGGACUGGAGGAAGGCAGAAAGGUUAAUAGGACCACUAAGCUUCAGGAUCUGGUGGGAAACUUAACCUGCAUGUAUCCCCGGCACCUGGCCGGAAGGAGUGUGUUGUCGGUGCGGGUUAGCGAUGUGUGCCGCCCAGCUGCCCUCACGGCACUCUUUAUUGUGCUCCCUCUUCUCAUCCUCUCCGCUUUGGUGCUCUGCUGGUGCUGUGGGAGGAAGAGGAAGAAGAAAGAAGCACCUGUGAGCACCUCAAAGAAGAGGGCUUCCAGCUCCAGCAGCAACGGCCAGAAGCAUCGUAAAAAGCAGCAACCUGCGACCACCGGGCAGAACAAAGCUGUCAGUGAGGGGAUCCUGAAGAACGAGCUGCUGCUACGCCCAGCAUCCACCCUCCUGGGCAGCACCAGGGACAUCUAUGAAGAGGUGGAGAUUAAGCUGGGCUCAGUGGAGUCUCUUCCUCAAGCCUCCUCACAUUGUUCCAGCUCCACAGACGGCAAGCUGGGCUCCCAGGGGCCGGACGGGGCCAGCAAGGCAGAGCUGGACACAGUCAGCGUGACAGAAGUGAUGAAAGACUCAGCUGACAGGGAGAAGGCUUACAUGACCCAGUCCACUGAAUACUACAGCCUGGUGCCCGGUAUCGAGCUGGAGGACUCGGACCAUGGCGAGUAUGAGAAUAUCAACCUCUCGUGACACCAUCUUAAAGGAAUAGUUCAGCAUUUUGGGAAUUACACUUUCGUUUUCUUUAUGAGAAUCAGAUGAGAAGAUCUGCACGACUCACAUGUUUGUCUAUGUCUAUUUUGUACUCUCACAGAUGCGGUUAAAUAGAAGUGGAUGGUGCAACACAACUACUAAGCUAGGGUAGCUUCCUUCAGUUUGGGCUCCCCAUUCAAUCAAAGGUCAGCAGUACCAAUGGGGUUGUACCCCACUCAGAAUCUUGCCAGUCGAAUCGGAUUUGGUUGUUAAAUACGAAGCUUUGACCAUAUAUUCCUUUUUUCAGUGCCACUCUAAACUCCGGGCAGCUACAUAUUUUAGCCUACCUCACGUUUUAAUGUCUUUAUCAUCAUCUGUCACAGAUCGGACAAAAUUAAAGUGUGCGUCCUGCUUAUAGUUUGUUAUAAAAUCUCAGCGCACCAUGUAGUGUCCGUCUCUUAUAUCAGGUUGCUGCAGUGUUCACAGAGGACGACAGUAGAGGAGGUUACACAACUGUCUGGUUCAAAAGUGGUUUAGCCAACUUCACUAACAGUCAGUGUCAGAGCAGCCGCUGCCCUGUUGUCCAGCUUCACGUUGUCUAACCAUCACUCUUCUCUGCUUCCAUCACAAUUAGUUUUCUGGUUUAUGGUCAUUUUUUAGACUCUGUUAGUUUACAUGCUGUCACUAUGUGUACAAUGGGGCAGCUAAAAAACAAAGGUGCAAGAGAUUCGACUGACAAAAUGCGUGCUGGUGCCAAACUGAACAGGCUUGAAAGAUUUUUGGAAUUCCAUUUGAAAUAACAGAUUUUGCCAUAAAAUUACACAGUUUUAAUCACUGUUGUGACCGCGCCUUUAGAGGUGUUUGCAGGCAGACUUUUAACUUUAGAGGAACCAAUGUAGCUGUUUCUCUCUGCUUCCAAUUAUUUUUAUGCUAAGCUAAGCUAAUCACCUCCUGGCUUCAUAUGUAAUGUUGUAUCUAUCUUCUUGUCUAACUCUCAUAAAAGAAAGCGGCGCAGCGUAUUUCCCAACAUGUCAAAUUAUUCCUUUAAAUGCACUAAAGAGAGACAGUGUAUGUGUGUUAUCUAUUGACAUAGAGACAGCCUGGUCCCACCGCUGUGGUAUCACAAUGUAAGAGGAAGUGAUUUAAUCCGGCGCUUUUCCUGUGGGACCUGAGGAACGCAGUGACGGUUUGAAAGGGAGGCCCCCUUUUUUCUCUUUGGAAAAAACUAGUAAUUUUAAAGGCACAAAAUACAUUUAUUCUAUUUAAUGUUGCACUCCAUGCAAAUAUACUCUUCUUGUUGUUUUCACAUCUUUUUACAAAGAGACGUAUUUUUAAUCACUGUGUUUAUACGUCAAGCAAGCUCUAGUAUGUGCUUUCUUUUACCUCACCCAAGUGUAAUUGUUAAAUGCAAACCAGUUUGACUUGCAUACAGGAUGUUCUGGAUCGGACUCCUUCACCUAAAGCUGCACAUCCAGAAACGUAGGUGCUGAACAAUGACUAAUCCCAUCGCAAUGCUCACAGUUAAUUCAAUGUGAAAUGUGGAAUGUAAAGCUUAGGUGAGAAGUCUAAAUUUAUGUAUGUCAUUGUUAAGCAAGGAUUAAAGGACAGGCGCUUCCUCAUGUUUCAUGCCACAUACUAAAAUGUGCAUAUUGUUUGGAAAAUGCCAGGAAGGUCACAUCUAAAUGCUGGUUAAUGCUGGUUUAAGAUAGAAAUCUUCGUAGUGCCGGUUCAGUAAACUGAGAUGCAGAGCGUUUUCUGUGCAGCCGUGCUAUGACAUAAUGACACUGGAGAGGACACCUACACAAAAGACAACUCUGAACAUCAGGGUCAUCGUGGAGGUGCAGGAUGCAGACACUUGAUUGUUAUCUAAGAUGUGGAAAACAGACGUCUCACUCUCACACAAGCUGGAAUGCUAAUUAUUGUUCGGUGAGAGAGACACAGAGAAAGUGGGUGCAGCUACGGGUGUGGAACUUCCUGGAAUUUAAAAAAACGGAGGUGUAUUUUCCAUCAAAGCUUUAUUUAUCGACAUUGUAAAGUUUACUGCAUUCAAAAUGCCAAAAGCCCUUAGGUCAAAAGACAAAUGAGUGAAUAUUGCAUUUUGUAAUUUUGUACAGUUUCUGCGCCAAAAAUAACAUAAAUUUAAUAGUAUACAGGGCUGUGGCUAUUGGUCAUCAAGGUCAUGGCCUUUCUUUUUGCUUCUUUAUAUUUAUACAAAGAUUUUUUUUAGCAAACUGACAACCCUUACAGACUUCCUUUCUCGCACAAUAGAUAAGCAGUUUACAAUGAUAACAAUGGCAGGUUUAACAUCAUUCUUAGUGAUUUUUUAAAACAAUGGGUUGACAAAAGCAGGCUUCUUUUUUCUAUUCUAUUCUUCUAUCUUUGUUUUCUUAGGCUGAUGAUACGUCAAUGGCAGGUUUUUAUCAGCUUUAGCUAGCUAGGAUAGCUAAUUAAACCAACAGCUCCAUUAUGUGGUUGAAAACACUCUCUCAGGUUGACUUCUCAAUGUUUCAAGCAGACAUUUGUAAAAGGAGUUUUGAAUAUGCACUUGAUAGCAACAUACAUGAUAUGAUGCAACAAAGAAAAAAAAGAGACUGACUGACUUUUAGCGUUACAAGAGAAAAGGAUUUUAGGAGAUGUGUUAAACAUAAUAUAAUCUCAGGUAAUGUUAAUGAGUGUCAGCUUCCCCAAUUCCAGUAAAGAACAGGACGGAGAUGCUAAGAUUAACUCAAACUGGAGUCUGGACUGGCAACCAUAAUACUACAAUAAAUACUAUACAAUGGAUGUGCCUGUAGUAAACUGGGCCUUUUUUAACGUAACCCCAAACUAAUGUUAGUUAGUUAAUGAUGUGCUCCUUUGCCAAGGAAGUAAUGCAUUAAAGGAUUAGAGGAUUUAUUGGUAGAAUUUGAAUAUAACAUUCAUAGGUAUGUUUUUAAUUAGGGUAAAAUCAGCAAUUGUUGUGUUUUUGUUACCUUAGAAAAAGCUGUUUUUAUCUACAGAGGUCCUCUUCUACGGAGGCCACCAUGUUGAACCGCCACGCCUGCACUCGGACUAGUUAGGGGCUUUCACAUCUUUGCAAGUUUCGCUGCCCUCAUUGUAAAACUCAGCCUUCACAUGCUUAGAAAAACGGUUGCAAUCUCCAAAUUCACCGCUAAAUCCUAAACACCGGUCCUUCAAGAUAGUUAUACUGAUUGACGCUAAAGCAGAAAACACUGUUUAUUAUGUAUAUUUGUGAUUUUGGUUUUAGAAAGGCUAGAAAAAAGGACACCACCCUCUAAACUUCAGUAUAGUUCUUGCUAUAGAGCCAUAUAAAUCAAAUAAUUUACAGGCCUGCUGUGCCUCAGUGGUUGCUAAACUGUGAUUGGGCAAUCGCUGUUUGUGGGAGGGAUUUAGCAAAUAGUUUAAACCUUAAACAUUGUGGGGUUUUUAAAUUUGUGUCUUUUCAGACUCUAUAUAGGGUCACCAAAUAAUAAAUAAGUUCAUCAUUAUCCUAGCAAUAUAAAAAAUGCUUUGAAACAGCAUUUAGACCUUCAUGUUGGGAAAUAACAUUUACAGAGUGUAUUUCACGCUUAACUGAAUUAGGAAAAUAUGAAAAUAGUUCUAAAAAUAAAGAGAUUUUAUUUUUAACCUGUGGUCAGAACUUGAGAGUGAUGAGGCCUAUGACCUCAGUAUUUUCUAAAAUCCUGGCUACAGCCAAGAUUGUGUAAUUUGAAGUGAAAUUAGGCCUUUUGGAGUGUUUGAUGGCUGUGUAUCUGAUCACAAAACUGCAGUAGAAUUAAUAAUCCUUCUAUGUAAAAUGGGUAUGCUGGUGUGAUACUUAAUAAAAGCACUGAUUUUCAUCAUGUUAAUCCCGGCAGAUGCACUAUCUUCAUUGUUUUUUUUGUAUGCAAAACAUUUGAAUAUUGUUGACAGAAAAAUAAAUGCUUUUUUCAAGA